AUGAGUGAACCCUCGGCUUCAACAACCCCUACAAAAUCCAUAGGCUUCAGAGAAUUUUGUGAAUUCAACGAACAAACUUUCAGUCGACUCAGAGGUACAAAUAAAUGGACUAAGCACUACUUGGACUCCAAAAGCCACGAGCCUCCACCUUCAUCAUCGCCCCUGGAAAUCUCCCUCGUGAUUGAAGAUCAGGGCGAAGGGGAACCACGCCAUUGGUCUCUGUUUGUAGGUCACGAAAACGAAGCGGGUCACGUUUAUCAAGUGACUGGCGAUGCUGAGUUCAUGAAAUACGAGCCGUCCAAUGGACCAGUAGAUAUCUCUCUUUCUCCCACUUCUUUCAAUGUGUACAAUCUUGCACAGUUGACUGAGCAGCAAGCACGAGUGGUACAGCAACUGGCAGAGCAGGAAUGCCCCCCCAAGGCCCAAAAUCGUCAGGCAGUUGUGGAGAAUUGCCAGGGAUGGACAUUACGUGUCAUUCAUAAUUUGGCGGAAAUGUGUAUCAUCCCCAUCGCUAAAUAUGAUAUGGCAAGCAGUAUGCUCCAGCCUGUGUAA